AUGCCUGCCAGCUACACAAUAUCAGCUCAAGCCUACUACAAGAUCUUCUUUCAUGCCGCUAAGCACCCACAUAGGGCCGUGAAUGGUGUCUUGGUCGGGAAACAGACGUCAUCAGGCGGGGAGGUUGAAAUCAGCGACGCCAUUCCCCUCUUACACCACUGGACGAGUCUGAGUCCAAUGAUGGAGAUAGGGCUCGACCUGGCGGGAGAAUAUGCAACGUCCUCUGGUAUGAAGCUAGUCGGUUAUUAUCAGGCAUGCGAGCGGUUGGACGAGACGGCGCUUGUGCCUGUAGGCGAGAAAGUUGCAGGGCGCGUGCAGGCUGGCUUUGGGGAUGCUAUUGCGUUUGUGAUCGACGGGGAGAAAAUAGGGACCGGCGUUGCUGCGUUGAUUCCGUAUACCUUCCAACCAUCGUCUAAAGCGUGGAGGCCAUGCUCUGAAAAUCCUCUCCCAUUUGUGCCUGGAUCACGUUUCAAGCUCGCUUCAAAUGACCUCCCCGUGCAGGCGAUCUCUUUGGUACAAGAUCAACACCUACAUCAGGCCUUUGGCGACUUCGACGAUCACCUGGAGGAUGUUGCAAUAGACUGGCUACAGAAUAGAGCAUGUUUGCCUGCGGGAAUAUGAACAAUGAUAAUCAUGACGUAUA